UUCUACUAACUUUUGCGAAAACAACUUUGUCAACCACUCCACUCUCACCAUGACUGCAUCGGUUUUGGGCACAACUUUCUUACUGGUUUUUCCGAUUGUUUGCCAGGCUGCUGAAUAUGCAGUUGUCUUAGGCUUCGUGGAUGUUGUACAAUAUAAUCAACCAAAAGUAUCGUGCAAACAAUAUGCAACCGAAUCCAACAACCUGUUUUGUGCGGUGUACGAAGCACCUUUUAAACUAAACGUCAAUGAAAACUCAGCAGAAUUCAACAGUAUUGCGUUCGUACAAAACCUACAAACAAAGGAAUUUGUGAGAGCUUUUGCACACAGUAACUGCAAAGACUUUGCUGAACACCUGUCUGCAUCUGGCGACUCACUCGAGUUCCAAGUGUCUCCCGACAAAGUGGCGUCAAUAUCCAAAGAGAAAAAUGAGCUGAAGGCAGAUGGAACAAGCUUUACUGCAUCUCAAUGGAAAAAAACAUCUCAAGAUUCAGAAGGUGUGGAUCCAUCUUGCAAGGAAUUUAUAGAAACAACGUUUCCACAGUCUUCUGCCAACUCUCAGGAAAACACAGAGCGCAGUACGCCUACGUCAGAAACAGGCGCAGCUCAGCCCCCUGCAGGUGAAGGAAGCAAAAACGCUCAGGACACAUCUCAGCAAACAGAAAACACAGCAACAACGAAGGAGUGAAUGACCACGAAAAUGCAACGAGUACAGGUACAUUUAUUUGUACAAGUGUCAUGUAUUCUAAAUGAUGAAAUAAAUAUAAAUAUGUAUAAUUUCA